GCUGCUCAGGGUGGACCCAGCGUCGCCGUUUGACGCUCAGGAAGUGGACUAAACCACCAAAGAUUCCCGCAGAUUCCGUAUCGUUUGUCCCAAUGUUACUAAACGUGUUCACACUGACCUAAACAUUUGACUAAAUACUCUGUGGGAUAUUUGAGACGAUAAUGCUGGAUGGUUGCACUCAUGAAAUUCACCAGAGACAUAUGCAGGCUGUUGGGACUCGGGAGCGGCCCCCCCAUCCAGCAGGAGGAGCAGAUGGACUGUGGUGCCGCAAACCUUGACCCGAGUGAUGAUGCCACUUUGUCACAGGAUGCAUUAAAUGGAGAGGAGGAUCUGAGUGAAGAGGAGAAGGUCAGAAGAAGGGCAGAGCGACGCAAAGCCAAGAGGAAGCGCCGUCGAAAACGUAAGAAGCAGGAGCAGGUUAAGCAAAAUGAGAGUGCCGAACGGGACGAUGAAGACGAGGAUGGGGGUGCAGAGUCUGAACUGGAUGAUAGUGAGUCGGAAGCAGAGGUUGGUGCUGAAGAGGAGAAAGAGGAGGCUGUCUCACACAACCACGUCGCCACUCCAGCGAUGGCUCCUGCAGGAAUCAAAGGACAUCCGAAAACCCACGUCAGAUCCACUGAAGAGGAGCCAGAGUGGGAUGUGAGCAGUGCCUUCUUUGCUAAUGCUGCUAGCCAUAUCAAACCCAAAGGAACAAGCCGCAAGUCCAAAGAGAACAAGGAGAACGAGGCCAGGAGAGAGACAAAUGGAACUGACACCAUGACCAAGAAGAGCGCGUCGUCACUGACGGCAGAAAAAGGCAUAAAGCUGGUGCAAGAGGGGCAGUACGCACAAGCUGCCAGUAUGUUUACAGAAGCCAUCAAAUGUGAUCCAAAGGAUUACAGGUUCUUUGGGAAUCGCUCCUACUGCUAUUACUGUUUGGAGCAGCAUCCUCAGGCCCUGGCCGACGCCGAGCGCUCCAUUCAGCUGGCCCCCGACUGGCCCAAAGGACACUUUCGCAAGGGCAGUGCUCUCAUGGGCAUGCAGCGGUACAGUGAGGCAGAGAAGGCCAUGGAGCAGGUGCUGAAAUUUGACAAAGACUGUGAGGAGGCUGUCGAUGACCUCUUCAACUGCAAAGUGCUGCAGUUAAUGGAGCUUGGUUUUGAAGAGGUGCAGAGUGUCCUACUGCUGGAGAAGUUUUCAACUGUGCAGGCUGUUCUGGCAUCUUGUGCCGAUGCUGCUGCCAGGGCUGGGAGCCAAGAUCCGUCAGUUGUGCAACCAGGAAGCCCUUGCCCAUCGCUGUGGGUGGGAAAUGUGACCACUGAGUUGACUGAGAAACAUCUAUGGGACAUUUUUAUAUUGUAUGGUGAGAUCGAGAGUGUCCGUGUUCUGCAUGAGAGAUUCUGUGCCUUUGUCAACUUCAAGAAUGCAAACAUGGCUGCUCGUGCCAUGGAGAAACUAAAUGGUUAUUGUAUUGAAAACACGCGUUUAGUGGUGCGCUAUCCUGACCGUCGCACGCAGAGGGUCCUUCCCAUCCCACUCAAGACCUGUCUCCCUGCCACACAGCAGGCCGGGGCAGCUGCUGGACCUCGACGACGUGGCCCAGUGAAUGAAGACGAGUGUUACUUCUGGAGAACCACCGGCUGCCAUUUUGGGGACAAAUGUCGCUACAAACACAUUCCUGAUCAGAAAGGCAAGGACAGGAAGCCCUGGCAGCCCUGAGCUCAGUUUACUCUCUGCCUCAGUAGUGUGCAGGAAACUGGGAUGCACAGAGUGUGCCAAAGGAGCCGGUACUCACUGGGCCAGGUUCUCUGGGCUAUUUUAUAUUUACUGAUGCAGAAUGGACUGGACUAGUCGAAGGAACAGAGCCAGCACUCGGGCUCUAAAGCAGGGAUGGUCACACAUGUGCCACAAAGGACUGGGAGCGUGAAGAUUUUUAUUUCAACUAAAGCUUUUACUCAACGAUAUCGCUCAGUAGUAACAACACCGGAGCAACACAAUGACCUGGUGUAGUCCUUUGUUUUGCAUGUAAACCUUCACAUUCGCAGCCUUCCAUGGCACAUGGGGACCUAUUCCAGCUUUAGGGGACACAACCUAACCUCACAGACGUGCAACAUAAGGAGGAACUGCAUGGUCCACGAUGGGGGGGAAAAGUAAUGGCUCUGUCAUGGACCGCAGUAAUGAAAGGACUCGGUAUGGAUUUUUCAGGUUCUUCAGUGAUGAUCCUAGGGACCCUCCUUCUUUAGAAAUUCCAUCACGAAUCAGUGCCACCCCCGCCUAUUUUCAAAGUACAGUAACUCGACCAAUACUUCAACUUGCUGUCUGUGAACCUGAUUUUUAACAGUUAUGGUUUAUUCACGGCCCACAACUGCUCACCAGUCUGCGGUUCAGUCUGGUACUCAAUUUCCCACUUGUUGUUCCUCUUCCUAUAUCAACACGUUGUCUGCCAGACCAAAGACUUACCAACAGACUUACACGGCGUUUCAGUACCUCCCCUACACACAUGAGGUUCUUUUAGCCAAUAAGCUCCACAGGCCCAGAGCGAUGCCUUUCAUACUGGGCGACGUAGCCUUAGUUAAGAUGAUCACACAUGGGUAAAUAGACACAAGAACUACACCGUUGUCUCGAGGAUUUGAAAUUUGUAUUAAUGCAUGGACUAGGUGUAUCUUUCACUUUAUCUAUCGGCUGCCCCUUUGUUGAUUGAAUAGGCAGACUGCAUGCCUGUUGAGUUGUCGUGACAAGUUCCGGAGGACUCAUUGUACGGCAUGGAAGAAGUAGUGGAAACAUCUGACCUGCUCUAUGACUAUGCAAAAGUUUAAGUGCCAACUCUGUGUCAGUCAUACACACGCCUUUAAUGCCUGUGACAUGGCAAUGCCAUUGAUAAAGUUCAUACUACAGGACUGUGCCUUUACUAAAAAUCAUGUUCAGCCAUGUGCGUGCGUACACACACACACACACACACACACAUAUUCAUGGCCACAUGUGUAACAUAAUCCACUCGCAGAACUUUUGAAUCUCAAAAAGCAGUGUUUUUAACCGUAGGGCCUCCAUUUCAGUAUUUUAGUGAACCAAAGAAUGCUUCAUCUGAUGACUGCACUAAAACAGCCUUGUUUUUUAAAAUAAGUUUCAACACUAGGCAGUGCAUUAAAACCUAUCGGCAUGUGUCUGUAUCGUCCACUAGAUAAUGAUUACAAACUCCUGGUUUAGGUCCACACUACAUUCACUAGUAAACUAUGCACAGCGUAGUGAGAGUAUUUAUUUCCUUAUUUAUGCUGACGUUUUUUCCAUUUCUCUUUUACAACAGAACUUAGGAGCUGAAUACAGCUUUUCAUUUACUGGCCUGUUAGUGUUUGGGUAAGUCCCCUCUUUGGUUUCUUCCUGGCUUUAAGAGCCAUUUGGUGCAAACACUGUCACAUGCUGCACUUCUGCUUUUCUCGUAUUAACUUUCCGUCUCGUGGCUAAAACUUGUGAAAAAGGAAUUGGGCACCAAACUUUAAGACCGCACUUGUUGAACUUGCUCGUUUCUUUUUGGACUGGUGCUGUUAACAAUGGCGGUGCUUUCAAUUUUGCAGGCUAAUACAAUGCAUUGGAUGUUACUGUAGCAUAUUAUUAUUUACUUAUGGAUAUUUCAGAAUGGGACAUAAGUAUUCCCUGAGUUUAAUUUGAACUAUUCGGUAUGUUUUUCAUCUUUUUACCUUGUUUGAAACUUUUUCAGGAAAAGGCAUUUUUAAUUAUAAUAUACACGUUGAUAACCAGAGCACUGCAAUCCUGUUAAUCUUCCAAAUAUUUUGUAUUAUCGUUACUGCACUGCGAAAAGAGUCUUUUAUAUUUAAUAAAUGUAUUUGAACCACC